GCGGCGGCGGGCGGGGUGCCGUGGGGCCGGCCGGCGGGCUGCCAGGUAGCCCCGGGCCAGCUCGAGGUGGCUGCUUCAGCUCCAGCCGGUCCACCUGCAUUCCAGACCCGGGAGGAAGGAGGGGCUCAAGAACAAUUCCUGGAAGUCUAGAGAGAUCUGCUCCUGUUCUAUUGGUCGCAACACAGUCACAUGGCCACACUGAGGUGCAGGGAAGACUGGGAAGUCAUGUGACAAGCAAAACAUGAGUCCUCACUCAGGAUGAAGGGGUGAGUGAACCCUGGAAACAGGUGGGAUGCUAUGGAAUAUGAUGAGAGGCUGGCUCGGUUCCGGCAGGCCCACCUCAACCCCUUCAACAAACAGCUGGCGUCAAGGCAACAUGAGCAGAGACCCAGUGAGGAGACCCAGGAAGUUACUUGUGAAGACACUCUGCCUGAGCUGCCCCCUGGAGAGCCUGAGUUCCUCUGUUCUGAGCACGUGAUGGAUCUUGGCCUGUCUGAGGAUCACUUUUCCCGCCCUGUGGGUCUUUUCCUGGCCUCUGAUGUUCAGCAGCUGCGCCAGGCGAUCGAGGAAUGCAAGCAGGUGAUCCUGGAGCUGCCCGAGCAGUCGGAGAAGCAAAAGGAUGCCGUGGUGAGGCUCAUCCACCUUCGGCUGAAGCUGCAGGAGCUUAAGGAUCCCAAUGAAGAGGAGCCCAACAUCCGGGUCCUCCUGGAGCACCGCUUCUACAAGGAGAAGAGCAAGAGCGUCAAGCAAACCUGUGACAAGUGCAAUACCAUCAUCUGGGGCCUCAUCCAGACCUGGUACACCUGCACAGGCUGUUAUUACCGUUGUCACAGCAAGUGCCUGAACCUCAUCUCCAAGCCCUGUGUGAGCUCCAAAGUCAGCCACCAGGCUGAGUAUGAGCUGAGCAUCUGUCCUGAGACUGGGCUGGACAGCCAGGACUACCGUUGUGCUGAGUGCCGCGCGCCCAUCUCUUUGCGAGGUGUGCCCAGUGAGGCUCGGCAGUGUGACUAUACCGGCCAGUACUACUGUAGCCACUGCCACUGGAAUGACUUGGCUGUCAUUCCCGCCCGAGUUGUGCACAACUGGGACUUUGAGCCACGCAAGGUGUCUCGCUGUAGCAUGCGCUACCUGGCAUUGAUGGUGUCUCGACCUGUGCUCCGGCUCCGAGAGAUCAACCCCUUGCUGUUCAACUAUGUGGAGGAGCUGGUGGAGAUCCGGAAGCUGCGCCAGGACAUCCUGCUCAUGAAGCCUUACUUCAUCACUUGCAAGGAGGCCAUGGAGGCACGACUACUGCUGCAGCUCCAGGACAGACAGCAUUUUGUGGAGAACGAUGAGAUGUACUCCAUCCAGGACCUCUUGGAUGUGCACCUGGGUCGCCUCGGCUGUUCACUCACUGAGAUCCACACGCUCUUCGCCAAGCACAUCAAGCUGGAUUGUGAGCGGUGCCAAGCCAAGGGCUUUGUGUGUGAACUCUGCAAAGAAGGUGAUGUGCUAUUCCCCUUUGACAGCCACACGUCUGUGUGCACGGACUGCUCAGCUGUCUUCCACAGGGACUGCUAUUACGACAACUCGACCACCUGCCCUAAGUGCGCUCGGCUCAACUUGAGGAAGCAGUCACUCUUCCAGGAACCUGGUCCAGACGUCGAUGCCUAGAGCCCUGGGGGAGAGCACCAGGCACUGCAUCUGCUCAUCUAGCUCCCAUUCUCCUGACAUUGCCAAAGUCAGGUGGUGUUCAUCCUGCCCUGGAGACCCCUGGAUACAUCCUCUGGGUCUCUUCAUCCCUGCUGGGCCAGAAGGAGGUAAACUGUGCCCAGAAGGACCUUCAUUCUCCAGGUGCUUGCUGGGACUUGGAGCAGAUUCUAUAGCUGGCUGUUACCUGGGUGUGCUGCUAUGAGGGGUCAAGAUUUGGCCUCUGCCCCACUGCAGGACUCCUUGGGCAAGCCUUGGCAUGACUCUCCAUGGGACUGGAACAGGAACUCUCCCUUGGCACAGACUCAGAGUAGAGGCUUCAGAGGAGUGGCCAGUGGGACUGGUGUAUGCCUGUGGCCUAAACUUUCUCUCUGCCACGGAUGGGUUGAGUUCUACCUAGAGGCUCCCCUCCCUCCUAGCACCUUGUCUCUUUAGGGGCUUUAGGUUGUGGUGACUGGAGCUGUCCCCAGUGGUGUUUCAUAGACCUACCCCUGCCUCCUGAAGGUAGUCUUCAUUGUCCUUAGUCUGUCAGUCUUAUGUAUUUCUGUCCUUUUUGUCUAGUAGGAAGGGAAGAGGGCUUGAUAUAGCUGCUCCUGCUGUAGUCUUGCCCACCUUCUCCUGGUGCUCUGAGCCAGACAGCUGGGCACCCAGCCCAGGAAGGGAGGCCCAGCCUCCAGGUGUGUAGUAGAGACUUUGCCUAUGGGAGAAGUUCUAGGUUAAGCAAGUGGGUAGGCUGCAGUUGGCUUGUAUGGCAUUUUUAGGACCAAAUUUGUCCCUUGAGGUCUGUCCUGCUUAGAGAUGGCCAGCCAAUGACUUUUGGUCUGGGCUUAUUUGCUUGAGGAAGUCCUGUAGCUCACGUAGGAAGACCCAGGCUUGAAAGGAGGUAAAGAACCUGUAAGUCUCGGUUAGCUGUGCUCCAUUUUAGUUGUUGCACCUCAUAGGUCCUGGGGUUGAGGGUAUGUCUGCAGGGGGAGGAGAUCUCAGGAUAUGCUUCCUAUCUUUCAGCCUUGGGGAGGAGUCACUUGCAGCUGUCCCUCUUCUCCUUCCUAUGUAUUGGUCUUAUUGACAUACAGCCAGUGGUAAAGAGGUAUUGCAGCUUAGAUAUCCCUCACCUUUGACAAAGUCCAGGAAGGGACACCUCAGCCAGUAGGCCAACACAGCUUAGUUCGAUGGCCCAUUUGAGGAGUAGAUGAGCAUAAUACCACCACCUCCUCCAAACCAUUACGUGGCUUUAGGCAAGGCGUUUGCUGCCUUUUAUGUCUCAACUUCUCCAUCUGGAAAAUGGGGAGAGUAGCAUUGACCUCAGUGUAGAAGUCCUUAAGGACUGUGAAGUGGGUCAGUAGCAAGUGCCUGUCCUGGUUACUCAUUGGGAUUUAAGAGGGCGGUUAAAGGCCAAAUUCCAUUUCCCUAUACCCCUAAGUCUGUGCAUUUCUCACCAUUGUUAUCACGUUUCUGUCAUGUGGCUGUUGGCUCUUCCUAAAUCUUCUGUGUAAUCAGCAUCCUAUUAUAGCAGCUAUAAAUCACAUGUCUAAAGAAAA